ACUCGGCCUCCCAAAGUGCUGGUAUUACAGGGGUGAGCCACCGCGCCCGGCCCAGUGGAAUACUUUCAACGGUGCUUCUGCGCUGACUUCCCAUCUUCCAACGCAUCCACAAAUUGCAGCCAAAAUGAUGUUACUACAGUAAAAACUUGGAGAACGCAGUGUGGUUUAAUCUGGAAGGAGCAGAAGCUGUGGAGUCCAAAGGACCCGUGUUCCUAUCCUUGUUGUGUCACUUGACACGUUCCACACAAGGGUCCCUACAGUGUUCGUUCACCGUCUCCAGCAAUCAGGAUGACUCCCUGAAAGGCCGUCAGACGAAACAAACGCGCAACCUGUGACAACUGCAUUGUUUACGUAACUUUCGCCAAAUCGGCUCCUUCCUACGAAAUAUCUAGCUCACAGAGCCGGAUGAGAUUCUUUCUUGCUUUAAUUAUCUGAAGAGCCACAGCUGUCCACUUUCCACGUGAGGCUGAAGACUGGAUUUCAGAACGCUCUCCUUCCAGCCGCGUUCACCUAGUAACCCCAGCUCCGGGCUAAGGACCUGCAGCCCGGGCGCGACCCGGAAAAGGAAUCCGCCCUUUUCGCCUCCUGCGCACCAAUCGCCCGGAGGUGGCGUUUCCGCAGCGGGACAGAGCCCACCCUCUAAAAGCCGCCGAGUCGGGACAGCAGAAGGGGCCACGCGUGCGCAGUGGCAUCGGCCGCGCUUCCGGUGCGCCGGGCGCGGACGCGGGCACGCAAACACGCAAGCACGCCUCCACUUAACUCGCGCCGCCUCGGCAGCUCCCGAGUCCAGCAACAGUGCAGUCCGCUCGACCGAGAUGCUGCGGGCCUGUCAGUUAUCGGGUGUGACCGCUGCCGCCCAGAGUUGUCUCUGUGGGAAGUUUGUCCUCCGUCCAUUGCGACCAUGCCGCAGAUACUCAACUUCAGGCAGCUCUGGGUUGACUACUGGCAAAAUUGCUGGAGCUGGCCUUUUGUUUGUUGGGGGAGGUAUUGGUGGCACUAUCCUAUAUGCCAAAUGGGAUUCCCAUUUCCGGGAAAGUGUAGAGAAAACCGUACCUUACUCAGACAAACUCUUCGAGAUGGUUCUUGGUUCUGCAGUUUAUGAUGUUCCAUUGCCAAAGAAAUCGAUUCAGUCUGGUCCACUAAAAAUCUCUAGUGUAUCAGAAGUAAUGAAAGAAUCUAAACAGCCUGCCUCACAACUCCAGAAACAAAAGGGAGAUACUCCAGCUUCAUCAACAGCACCUACAGAAGCAGCUCAAAUUAUUUCUGCAGCAGGUGAUACCCUGUCAGUCCCAGCCCCUGCGGUUCAGCCUGAGGAAUCUUUAAAAACUGAUUACCCUGAAAUUGGUGAAGGAAAACCCACACCUGCGCUUUCAGAAGCAUCUUCAUCUUCUAUAAGGGAGCGACCACCUGAAGAAGUUGCAGCUCGCCUUGCACAACAGGAAAAACAAGAACAAGUUAAAAUUGAGUCUCUAGCCAAGAGCUUAGAAGAUGCUCUGAGGCAAACUGCAAGUGUCACUCUGCAGGCUAUUGCAGCUCAGAAUGCUGCGGUCCAGGCUGUCAAUGCACACUCCAACAUAUUGAAAGCCGCCAUGGACAAUUCUGAGAUUGCAGGCGAGAAGAAAUCUGCUCAGUGGCGCACAGUGGAGGGUGCAUUGAAGGAACGCAGAAAGGCAGUAGAUGAAGCUGCCGAUGCCCUUCUCAAAGCCAAAGAAGAGUUAGAGAAGAUGAAAAGUUUGAUUGAAAAUGCAAAGAAAAAAGAGGUUACUGGGGCCAAGCCUCAUAUAUCUGCUGCAGAGGGUAAACUUCACAACAUGAUAGUUGAUCUGGAUAAUGUGGUCAAAAAGGUCCAAGCAGCUCAGUCUGAGGCUAAGGUUGUAUCUCAGUAUCAUGAGCUGGUGGUCCAAGCUCGGGACGACUUUAAACGAGAGCUGGACAGUAUUACUCCAGAAGUCCUUCCUGGGUGGAAAGGAAUGAGUAUUUCAGACUUAGCUGACAAGCUCUCUACUGAUGAUCUGAACUCCCUGAUUGCUCAUGCACACCGUCGAAUCGAUCAGCUGAACAGAGAGCUGGCAGAACAGAAGGCCACUGAAAAGCAGCACAUCACAUUAGCCUUGGAGAAACAAAAGCUGGAAGAAAAGCGGGCAUUUGACUCUGCAGUAGCAAAAGCAUUAGAACAUCACAGAAGUGAAAUACAGGCUGAACAGGACAGAAAGAUAGAGGAAGUCAGAGAUGCCAUGGAGAAUGAAAUGAGAACCCAGCUUCGCCGACAGGCAGCUGCCCACACUGAUCACUUGCGAGAUGUCCUUAGGGUACAAGAACAGGAACUGAAGUCUGAAUUUGAGCAGAACCUGUCUGAGAAACUCUCUGAACAAGAAUUACAGUUUCGUCGUCUCAGUCAAGAGCAAGUUGACAACUUUACACUGGAUAUAAACACUGCCUAUGCCAGACUCAGAGGAAUCGAACAGGCUGUUCAGAGUCAUGCAGUUGCUGAAGAGGAAGCUAGAAAAGCCCACCAACUCUGGCUUUCAGUGGAGGCGUUAAAGUACAGCAUGAAGACCUCAUCUGCAGAAACACCUACUAUCCCGCUGGGUAGUGCAGUUGAGGCCAUCAAAGCCAACUGUUCUGAUAACGAAUUUACCCAAGCUUUAACCGCAGCUAUCCCUCCAGAGUCCCUGACCCGUGGGGUGUACAGUGAAGAGACCCUUAGAGCCCGUUUCUAUGCUGUUCAAAAACUGGCCCGAAGGGUAGCAAUGAUUGAUGAAACCAGAAAUAGCUUGUACCAGUACUUCCUCUCCUACCUACAGUCCCUGCUCCUAUUCCCGCCUCAGCAACUGAAGCCGCCCCCGGAGCUCUGCCCUGAGGAUAUAAACACAUUUAAAUUACUGUCAUAUGCUUCCUAUUGCAUUGAGCAUGGUGAUCUGGAGCUAGCAGCAAAGUUUGUCAAUCAGCUGAAGGGGGAAUCCAGACGAGUGGCACAGGACUGGCUGAAGGAAGCCCGAAUGACCCUAGAAACGAAACAGAUAGUGGAAAUCCUGACAGCGUAUGCCAGCGCCGUAGGAAUAGGAACCACUCAAGUGCAGCCAGAGUAAGGUCUAGGAAGAUUUUUGUAAAGUCGUAUUUCAUGUCAAAGGAAAUCAGCAGUGAUAGAUGAAGGGUUUGCAACAAGGGUCCCAGAAUUGUCUAGAAAUGAGCAGGUUUACAAGUACUGUUGUAAAUGUUAACACCUGUUGCAUUUAUAUUCUUUCCAUUUGCUAUCAUGUCAGUGAACUCCAGGAGUGCUUUCUUUGCAACUUGUGUAACAUUUUUCUGUUUUUUCAGGUUUUACUGAUGAGGCUUGUGAGGCCAUUCAAAAUAAUGUUUGUGAUCUCUACUACUGUUGAUUUUGCCCUUGGAGCAAACUGAAUAAAGCAACAAGAUGAAAACUGA